AUGGACUGGAGAAGCCUUCCGGGGGAUUUGGUAGAGGAUAUACUCUCUAGGGUUCCGGCUAAAUCCCUAGCACGACUGCGAUCAACAUCGUAUCAAUGGAACGUUCAAUUGAAAUCUCUCUUCUUUGCUAAGAAACAGUCUGCUAAAGCACCAACGGAGGAGUCUUUGACUAUAAUUUUGAUGGAUUUUAGGGUUUUCUUAGUGAAGAUAAAUCUCCGUGGAAUCCACGGCAACAACGUUGCUCCAGCUUUUAAGGUAGUAGCUCAACUCUACCUUAAAGAUCCUUUUACUUAUUCUUCUUCACAAGUCGAUAUACGAAACGUCUUUCCCUCCUGCGACGGCUUAUUGCUAUGCACCACAAAGGACGAUAGGCUCGUGGUUUGGAAUCCAUGUUCAGGUGUAACCAAGUGGAUUAAACCAAGAAACAGCUACGAUGAAUACGAUAAAUUUGCUCUCGGCUACCACAACAAAUCCUCCUGCAAGCAAUACAAAAUCCUGAGGGUAGCUUAUCGUCAAGGCCAAGACAACGAGUACGAAAUCCAUGACUUUACCACGGAUUCUUGGAGGGUUAUUGACGUGAAGACUAUCAAUGUGUGGUUAUCACCAUAUUGUCCUGACCGUGGCGUAUCUGUAAAGGGAAACACGUAUUGGAUUGCUCUUGACACAACUCAAGUGGUUAGAGAAGAGCAACUUUGUCUGUUAGGUAUGGAUGAUGAGGACGCACAUUCACACGUAUGGGUGACAACAACUAGUCCCGGAUCAGUCUUGUCAUGGAGCAAGAUUCUAACACUGAAUAAUAGAUUCACGAUGUUUAAUACGGCGGUGAGUUUCUUGGUCGACGAGGAGAACAAAGCUUUAGUGUGUUGCAAUCAGUACAGUACUACUGGCACCCGGAGUUCAAACACUUGCACAUUUUGGGAGAAAAUAAACACAUACGACAUGUGGUUCAGCAUGGUGGAGAUGUACUAG